UCAGAGGCGGUCCGGGUGACUUGAACGCACCACAGCUGUAGCAGGAAAGAACACAGGAGACACACAGAGACAAUUUUGGCUCUGGGUGUGAUGGCUCGUCUUCCUCGUCUCCUCCUCUUCCUCCUCUUCCUAUGUAACCUCCACCUGACCUUCGCCUUCAGGAUCUGUGCUUUUAAUGCUCACAGUUUCGGAGAGUCCAAGUCCAAAAAUGGACAGGUCAUGAAGACUCUAGUACAGAUCGUGUCUCGCUGUGACGUGUGUUUGCUGCAGGAGGUGAGGGACAGUAAAAAGAAGGCUGUGCCCGCUCUGCUCAACCAGCUCAACAGAGGCAGAGGAGCAGAGUACGACUGUGUGGUCAGUGAGAGGCUGGGCCGUACUGAAGCCUACCAGGAGCAAUACGCCUUUUUCUACAAGAUCAGCUCGGCGUCCGUCACAGGGGAGUACCAGUAUCCUGACAAUCGCCCCGGAGACAAAGACGCCUUCGCCCGAGAACCAUUUGUCGUCCGGUUCAGUGCCCCAAAAACAGCUAUAAAGGAGUUUGUGCUGAUCCCGCAGCACACGGCUCCAACCAACACCACCAAAGAACUGGAUGCUCUCUAUGACGUUCUGCAGGACGUCAAGAGGAUGUGGAGAACAGAGAAUGUGAUGCUCCUGGGCGACUUCAACGCAGACUGUGGAUAUCUCGCCAAAAAGAACCGGGACAAAGUUCGAAUCAUUACAGACCCAAACCUGAAAUGGCUCAUCCCAGAGGGGUCAGACACUACAGUGAGACAGAGCACCUCCUGCGCCUAUGACAGGAUCGUGGUGAAUGGGAAGAAGCUGUUGGACUCAGUGGUGCCCUCUUCUGCCAAAGCCUUUAACUUCCAGCAGGAGUUCAGCCUGUCAGAGGAAGAGGCCCUGGACGUGAGUGACCAUUACCCAGUGGAGGUGCUGCUGAGGUCAGGAGACUUAAGGGGUCAGAAUCUGUCAGGAGCCACCAGUCUGUCCUGCUCCCUGGUCCUGGUGCUGCUCUCCUUCCUGCUCCCACACAGCUGACCACUUGGGCUAGUACAGCGCUGACCACACCCACAAGCAUAGACUGUAUAUAUAAAUGGACAUGGGUAGCCGUCACUCCCUGCAAAACCAGUGGUGCAGGCGGGAAAGGGCUUUAGCGACAACAGCCUCGCUCCAGAUUGGCUCUUUGGUCACUAAUUUUCUUGUCGUCGAUAUUCCAAAUGUGGAAUACAUUCACCUAUAACUGCUCUAACCUCGAUGAGCUUCAUUUCACACUCAUUUAGUCCACUUCUAUAUACUGUCUAUGCCCAUAACAUACAAUGGUCCAGCACUGACCACAUCCAUUACAAAGUGAAUCUUAACAUACCUCUGACCAGUCUGAAAGUCCAGAGUAAGUAGCCAAACACAUGGACUGUGAACACACUCAGGUCUAUGAGAUGAAGGCUGCACUGCAAAACUAACUGUUUCUGUCAACUGGGCUAACGUUGUGGAGUGAUAUAUUGAACUGCACUGUUCUGAAUCAUGUUGUUUGUUUUUGUAAAGUGAGACGUCUUUAGUGUUAUAUUUUUUAGUAAAGGCAGCAGUGGUGGUUUAUUUUAGCCUUGUUCCUCCAGCUCUAGUGGCUCUAAAGCUGGGUGAACGUUUUGCUCUAGUGACUUAUUGAGAUGUCAGAGUUCUACAGAGGGUCAAAAUAACACUCCCCCCCUUUUUGUUAUUUUGCCAUUGUGUCCGCAAAAUCAAGAUAUGAACAUUAAUAACAGACGAAUCAGGCGCCUUGCUUCCCCGUGGUCGCUCCAGCUAGCAUUAACAACAGGUUUGAUUGACAGCACCCACUCUGUGCUAAAGCAGCAGUGCGGGUGGGAAGGGGCGUUACCUUCAACAGCCUCACUCCAGAUUGGCUCUUUGGUUGCUAUGAUACUCACAGACAGAAUUUCUAAUAUGCAACUUUAAAAUUAGCCCCUAUAACUGCUCUUGCCUCGAUGAGUUUCAUUGGACUGGAGCCGAACACUCUGGGUGACACACACUUAGUCCACUUCUUCAUACAGUCUAUAGUUAUAAUAUAGAAAAUUCAAAAAAGGUUUAGCAUGCCUCCUCUUGCCUCCUCAUCUGUUUGGCGCAGAUUUGCAGCCAUGUCUGUGCCCGUCAGACCCAGGGCAGAAGAGACGUUUGUGGUCGUAGUUUGUUAAACUGUAUCAGGCUGUUUCUGGUGGUCUCGGUUAAUCAGUAAAAAAAAAAAGAUAUCAGAACUAGGGAUGGGACGAUAUUAAAAUUUAGACUUGUGAUAAUUUUGACCAAAAUAAUUACGAUUAAUGUACAUACAAAUACAUCCAAACUAACACAAACUACAUUCAUUCAUUAGUUUAUUUCACUUGGUAUGUUACUUGCGAUGGAUAUUGUCAGCUCAAGUUUGGCAAACAAUGCAGGAUGGUUGUCUAGCAAAUGUGCAUGCAAGUUGCUGGUGUUUGCUCUUGGAGCUUUUUUUCGGCAGGCUCUGCAGAUUGGUGUCUCAUCUUGUUGGUCUUGUUUUUCAAAGCCAUAAUAAUUCGACACAUCUUCUUUAAUGAAGGAGAUAAAUGUGUGGCAUCAUCCAGAUACAGAUCCACUGCCUGCCCACUGUCCAUGACGGUCACUGACGGUGAAGAACCAUCCCCAAUUCAGAAUAGGCAGUGAAGCUAACAAGUUUCAUUGCUAUGAUAGCGGGCCCCCUUGUGGACAAACACCAGAACUAACAUCUAAAAACUGUAUUAAAACUGGAAACGUGAGGCAGUCUGGUGCUGUAAAGGCGAUUAUAAUUGUGUGGGAUGAUCACGAUUAUUAAAAAAAUGCCACAAACAAUUAAUUGCGGACCUUUUUGAUUGUCAUUAGCGAUAUUAUCGUAUAUCGUCCCAUCACUAAUCAGAACAAUACUUAGAUUCUCAUAUUUUGUAUUGUGGUGGUCAGAUGUAUGUUUUUGUAAAAUAUAAAUUAAUUAGAAUAGAACAGUGGUAGAAGAAGUUCUCAGUUUUGUUACUUAAGUGAAAGUACAGAUACUAGAGCAAAGAAUACUCAAAUAAAAGUAUCACAUAAAAAAUACUUGAGUAAAAGAUUUUAAAAAAUGCACUAAAACAGUUAAAAGUAAAAGUACUUCAUACAUAUUUUGAGGUCUUAUGAAACUUUAAAUAUAGUCAUUUUGAUAAAGAUUUGUGCUGAAUUUUAUUCAUCAGAAUCAGUUCAGUCUGUCUGUUUGUAUUAGUAUAUUUUUGUUGCUCAUAUUAUGAAAAUGUUAAAAAUAAACCCUCAGCCUUUUCAGCAACCUCGUCUCACACACCACUCUGCAUAUGUCUCUGUAUUUCAAAUCUUUCUAAGUUCACCAAACAUGUUUUAUACAAAUUAUUUUUAUAGAGAAUAUAAAAAGCAGAAUAUAAAAAUAUGCUGUUAAAAUGAUAAAUGUGCCAAAAAUGAAACUCGUGCAUGAAUGUAAAUAUGCUGCACACAUUUUGUUGAGUUAUUCAUGUCUAACUAAAUGUGAUCAAAUGUAAUUAUUAUUUUUAUGUUGUUUUAAAUUAAAAAUAAUGAUACCACAGAUU